AUGUCCGUUGACUUCAACACUUUAGCACAACAGUUCACGGAAUUUUACUACAACCAGUUCGACACUGACAGAACCCAGUUGGGUAAUUUAUAUAGGGAACAGUCGAUGUUGACUUUUGAAACAACACAACUGCAAGGCGCUAAGGAUAUCGUCGAGAAACUGGUGUCCCUACCUUUCCAAAAGGAUUCGAACCAGAUAAAUACCCCACAAGUGCCAUCAUCACGGCCACUUCGAGCUAGAACAGCCAGAAACUUAGAACAAGUGCCCAAAAUUCCCCAGGGCCGGCCCGCACGGAGACAUACGGAAUAUUUAGAUGCAGCUGUCCAAGGUGCCAAUGACCAGCUAGACCAGUUACGGGAAGCCAUUGAUGGUAAACACUCAUUAAAUAAGCAUACUGAAGGUCAUGAGAAGACGAAAGAGCAAGUCUCGGGAGCCGGCGAUGUAGAACUUCCAACGAGCAUUCCACAAGAGCUUGCUACCGAUGAAUAUGCCAGCGAUGAGCCCGAAGAUUCGAAGCAUAGUCCACUUGCGGAUCGGAACGAUUCUGUGUUGAAUAGUAUAGAAAAACAGGUCGAAUCUUCGGCGUCUGAUGCAGAGAACAAAACGUCAGCGGUUGGCGGACCGAGCCUGUUGAAGGAGCAGUCCUCGGGAGUUCAUGGUUUCGAAGCCUCAAAAAUCAAAUCAGGAUUGCUGGCACAGCGUGAGGCCCCUAUUGUGGAAGAUGGGGAAACUAAGGAAUAUUCUCCGGAGCCAAAGAGGGAUCAGCCAAAUAAAACCUUUUGCGAUACCGGCGACAGCGUAGGUGACACAGCAUCCGAGAAGGGGAGUACGGAAGCAAUGGACAUCACCGCUGCAGGUGGUAUCUCCAAAGAAAUGAGCACACAAAGCGACGAUUCAGGUACAGAGGGACCAAUGACCGAAGUUCUGAAAAGAGACCAAGGAACUCAAGAAGCAAGUUCAAAAUCUAGUGAUUCUCCUCAGACGACACAGACAGAGGAUGAAAGUGUACCUCUUUCGAAUACCAGUGCAGAGGAUUUGGGCAGCGAUAAAACAUCAAAAGAAGCCCCGGUCGAAGGUACCACGGUCGAGCAGACUACUGCCGAUAUGCCAAAGGUGCCAUCGAGACCCGCGAAGAGAGCGCCUCCUAAAAAGCCCUCUUCCAAAAUUGCCGCGUUCCAGGAGAUGCUUAAACAGCAGCAGUUACAGGACCAGUCGAAGCAAGGAGGAAGGGCUCUAGAAGAUGGAAAUACAUUGAGUAGUGGUGGGAGAAACAAGAUCGCAACUAGUUUGAAUGGUAUUUUCGGCAUCCCAGGGAUGGUUCCGCCAGGGCAAGCUCUUAGCGUGUCGUCUAGAAAGCCGGAGGUAAAUGAAGCUACGAAGAGCCCAGAAAACUCUCCUCCAAUCAAGCAGGAACGAACGCCUGAUGUGCCCCAGAGGAGAGCAAAGGGCCCCCGAGGUAGAAAGCUUCCUGCGCAUUUGGCCAAUGUCGAAAAAGUUGAUGCGUCCGCAAACAAGUGCGACGUACAGGUUACCAGAGUUUGGUCUUUGCAAUUUCACAACACCAAGAGGGGGUCGGGAAGUGAAACAAGAAGCCAGGAAAGUGACUUAAAAGAUACUGAGAUCUGUGUGCCGUUGGAGAGAAUAGAAGCGGUACGCUCGGAAGUUCAUGGUAUAGAUAAUACCUCACCUGCGGUCCCGACAGGGUUGAGUUCGUCCUCCGCUAUCGUGAGCGCUUCUCAAGGAGAGACCAAACAGUUAUCCGCGGGAGAAGAAAGUUUAGAGACUUCAAGCCCUGAUCUUGAAAUACAAGGAAUGCCAAGCAUGCCCUCGGCCGAGAGGAACUCCCCCGCAGAAGUUCAAUAA